GAUGAAGUCCCUCUAACCUUUUAUGUGCCAUCUAAUAAAGCUGUUGAUAUGAAAGGUGCCAAAACCAUAACCGUGGAAACCUCAGGACAUGAGAAAACGCAUUUACACGGUUUUGUUGUCCUGUGCAGAUGGCACCAAAUUGCCACCGAAUUUUCAAAAGGAAGACCUUUCCACAAGUGAUUUCACAAGGAGUGGUUGUGCAUGUUCAUGAGAAAGGAUGGAUGAAUGAAAAUGGAAUGAAUAUGGGUUGAAAAAGUGUCGUCCAAACAUCCUGGAGGGCUUCUGAAAAAAACUGCUUUAUUAGUGCUCUACCAGUUUAAAGCACAUAUUAGCGAAACUACAAAAAAGAGAUUUAAAGAAAUGAAAACUCAUGUAGCUGUAAUUCCUGGAGGUUUUACCAGCCAGUUGCAACAUCUUGACGACCACAAGUCUUUAUGCGAGAAGAGUGGAACAAAUGGAUGACUGCUGGUAAUCAUAAUCUGACACCUACUGGAUGAAUGAAGAGGCCCCCUAUCAUUCAAGUUUGUGAAUGAGUUAAAACAUCAUGGCACUCAGUGAAGGAUGAAAUCGUUGUACGGUCAUUCAAAAAUUGUGGCAGUAGCAAUGCCUUAGAUGGAACUGAAGAUGGUAUCAUAUAUGAAGAUAGCGAAGAAAGUGAUAUCAGUGAUUGUGUCAGCGUUCCAGAAAAACCUCUGCUCCAAUUAAAAACUCUGAGGCAAGCAUUUUCUCAAAGUUUCAUUUAUCAGAGUAGUAUACUGGCACAUAUUGGGAAAACCCAAAUCUGAGAGUUCCGGGCUUUCCCUCAGUAAAUCAACCCCCCCCCCCCAAAUCAUCCACUCACUCAUCAGUCGAUCACAUGCUCCAAUCACCAUCCAUCCCAUCCUUCUCCAGAUGCAGGCUCGUCCUGACCUUGACCGAAGGGAAGAAUGCUAUUUUGUCUAAAUACAAACCCUCAAUUAAAUCCCCCCCUCCUACUUUCCCACACAUGAGAAGGUGGCAGCUUGGAAGCUUCCAGCCUAAUAUAGCUUACAAAACUGACAGAUUGUGAGCAACUGAGCUUCAUAAAUUCUGACACUAGCGAUGAUGAGUUCUUGGGGUUUCCAGAAAAGUAGAAGAGUGCUUGAAUCUUAAAGUCUCUCCUCAUUUGUUAAUGACAGUGACGAUGGUUUUUAAUACCACUAUUCGCUUUAUAUGGCUGAUAUAUUGUUCUGCUAUAUUGUAUUAAAUAUAUUAGUACACUAUUUGGGACAGAAUCUUUUUUCUUGUUUUCCUCCUCUAAAGCUAGGUGCAUCUUAUAGUGCUAAAAAUAUGGUAUGUCCCAACCAGAAUAUUUAUAUUUCCUAAAUCCUAAAAUCCUAUUCCUGGCCCAUAUUUAGCUUUAGAUUGUUUUUCCACAUCUAGUGCCAUUUCCAAUUCUUUACUGCUUGGGCCAUUCCGAAAUCCUGAAUUUAUCCGACUCCAAAUUACAGGAAAGGAUUCUGAUCAACAUAUUGGUAACAUGUUCCUGAUCUGUGAAUGAGCCUUCAUAUAGAUACAAAAUAACACAAAGGAAAGGGAAAGCCUUGCUAGAUUCCUUUGGAAAACUCCUAGGAGGUUUAGAUGUGUCUUAAUACCUUUUAUAUUGGUGGAAAAGUGGCACCUAGUAACCAAAUCUUCUGAUAAAACAACAUAGUAAAUUAUAUUAAACAUGCUAGAUAGUUAGACCAUUAAGAUACCACGAUCAACAAUACCCAUACAUCCAGGAAUAUCAGGAAGAUUUUAUUUCCCUUGUCUUUCUCUGCGUAAUAAGCAUCUGUCAGAGCAGUCACAGCCAUUUUUGCUCUACAUCCAGAUGGAAAAACAUCAAGAGCAUUUGGAAAGGCAACCAUUAUGUUCAGUUUCAAUAAAAAUGAAUUAUUGACAUCAGGCAUUUGUUAAAAUUGUCAACCAAAGAUGAUUUCUUAAGCUAGCACCUCCUUUCAGAAGAUGGGACUCUUUAUAAAUGAAAUAAUUCAUUGAGUGAUAAUUGACUGGAUCAGGCCAAUUAGAGGAUCUUUUUUGUCUUAUUGUAGCACAAUGCUUCCUCUUCAAAAAGAACUUUGAGAAAUCAGAUGUCUUAUCUAUUCACCAACAUUUGUUAGGACUACUUUAUAUUCAAAAACAGCACCAGUCGGAGAUCAGUACAGCUAACAUUGUGGAGCUUUAAGCAAUUAACUUCUGAAGUUAUUUGGUUCUUUUGCUCUGGAGGAAACACAUUAGAGACAGCUUUGAUAGUUUUCCUUUAUAGUUAAGUUGGCAUGCUUUUCUUAGUGGAAAAUUCUGUCUCCUUCUGAAGCAAUAUAAUUAUUUUCUGCAUGCCUUGGGAGUGCUUUUUGCUGUGCCCUCAUGAAGUGGACACUUAUUUAUUUUUACUUCAUUCUCCCUUGCUGUGAAAAAACAAAUGCAGCAGGCGAAGUAUAUGGAAAAGUGGAAAACCUCUAUGGUUUAUAAUGCUGUCAUAUUGGCUAAAUAGAAGGUGUGCUGCCUGGCUCAAGGGAAGAAAAAGCAAAAAUAGACUUUUACAAAGAAAUCUGGUGGCAGUGAAGCAAAGCCAAGGAUAUGUGGCCACAGAUUAGCAACUGAUUCUUUUAUAACUAUUAUUUUUGCUACCUAUGACCAUUUCUUCUAUGUGCAUUCACGCAUUCUGCAUGGACCAUAACAUUUGCGUUAGUAGUAGUUUGAUUUUUUUGGGGGGUGGGAACACUUUCUAAGUUUGAAUACAGUGAAAUAUUUCUUUCUCUGCUUAUAAGAAAUUGCUUUCACCAUUUGCAAAUACCUUACAUAUUUAAUUGCUGUUAUAUUUGCUUCAACCUAUUCAGUAGUUGGGGAAGAAAAAUAUAUCAAGUUUAGUUUUAAGUUAGAGAUUUUUUUUCCAUCUGCAUUUCAGAACUGUAGAUAAAAUGACUUCCUGUCUCUCAGUUUCCUGUAUCCAUGGUAACUUGAUUUCAGCCAGUCAUUGUAGAGGAGCCGAUGGGAAGAGUAGUAUUUCCUGUAGGAACAAUUGCAGGACUGGUAGGCAAAGUGAGAAAUUUCAACAGAAGGGAAACAUUUAACUGACAAAAUGAGCUUCAUAUUCUGGCGCAGUCAAAGGUGACUUGGAGAGUCAAAGCCUGAGAUAUGUAUCAACUUCAUCACUUUGAGUCAUUUCGACAUAUUUUCAAUUGUCUUCUGCUGAUGAUGAUCCAAAAGAAUAUAUUUUGUUGUCCAUCAGUUUGCCAGCAGUGUAUAGGCAGACAAGUUGACUGUCGUAAUUCAAGUCUUUCUUUUAUUCCAAACAAUUUUUCACAGAAUACUUUAUAUCUGUACUUAAGUGGCAACAAUAUAUCACAUGUAAAUCCCAAUGCACUGAUAAGCCUCCAGCAGCUUGUUGUACUACACUUGGACAAUUCUGGCAUUGUAUACGUAUAUCCAAAUAUAUUUGCUGAAUUGAAAAAAUUAUGGUACCUACAGCUGAAUAAUAAUCAUAUAAAAUAUUUGUAUCCUGGAACAUUUGAAGGACUUUCAAAUCUUCAUUCUUUAUAUCUUCAGAAUAAUGAGAUUGACUUUGUUUCCGAAGGAUUAUUUGGUAACCUCACUUCCGUUCAUUAUCUAAUGCUGCAAAACAAUCACCUCAGAAUCCUUGGUAGCCGCAUUUUCUUUGGCAUGAUUAAUCUUCGAAUUCUGAACCUAGCAAACAAUAAGAUUUCACAAAUAUCAGACAGAGCAUUCCAGCACCUUUAUAAUCUUACAGGCUUGCACCUCGAAGGAAAUAAUUUAACAUGUGUGCCAUCCACAGCAUUUCUACUACUUAGGAAACUUCAAAAACUUUCAUUGUCACAAAACCCUGUUGGGUCAAUUCCUCCUUUUGCAUUUAAAGGACUUAGCAAGCUUGAAUAUCUAUUUUUAAAAAGUGCAAAAAUAAACACUAUUAAUCCAAAUGGAUUUUCAGGGCUAGUCAAUCUUAAAAAGCUAGUUUUGAGUGAUAAUAAUUUAGUAAAAAUCAGUUCCCAUACUUUCUCAUUGUUGGAUCGUUUGAAGUUUUUGCAUCUUGACAGAAACAAAAUAAUUGAUAUUUCAGGUAAUACUUUUGAAGGAAUAGGAUCGUCUUUGAAAAUACUUGAUCUAUCUUUCAAUAAUCUUACAUUUUUACAGCCAAUAGUAUUCAAGCCUUUGAUUUCUUUAACUCACUUACAGGCAAAUUACAAUUCUUGGGAUUGUAGCUGUAAAUUACACAGAUUGAUGAAUUGGCUAGCUGCUUCUUCUAUAUCCGUGAAACUCCUUUGCCAAAGUCCUUCCAGUCUGCAUGGAAGGUAUAUGAAUUAUGCUAGUUUGCAUUUGUUCAACAAUUGUUUCAACAGUACAAGCCUUGAAAUUUUCAAGAACAGUAAAGCUGCAGGAAUCCAGCAGAGCUUUACUACUUCAUUAAUGGCACAGAAUAUGUACCUCACAAGGAAUACAGUUAAAGAACAGUUGAACUUUAAUGCAAAUGCAGUUACAUCAUUGAUAAAAGCAUCUUAUACACCUGCUUAUCAAAAUCUCAAUGAAGAAAAUUCUAGUAGGAAGUCAAAACAAGAACAAAUAGCAACACAGAAGAUACCUGCUAAUUUGACGACGAAAGAAAAUAAAGUAUUAUCUCCGGAAGCUGUUUCUGUAUCAUUUAAAACACCACUAAUUUGUUCACAGCAGGUAGAGAAACUAAAGCAGGCUUUUGACAUUUUAUUAAUCUUUUUCAUUUUUGCCUGUGCUAUGAUCUUCUUUUUAUUUUACAAAAUCAUUAAAUUGAAACAGAAGUACAAUGUGCAAAAGAACUCUGACAAUGCAAUAGAAUACUAUGGCUUUUAUCAGGCUGGUAGUUACAAUGUUACCGUAUCUCAGAACCCAUUGGGAAGUUCUGAAUUGGAUCCUGUUGAACUUUCUAAAUCAACGGCCCUUGAAAACCAAGCACAGGUUAUCUUAUUUGAACAUUCAACACUGUAAUACAUUCAUCACACUUUUUCUUUUCAUGUGUAUAGAAGGCAACAGUAGAUGACUUUUGUAAAUGGCAAGUUUAACUACUGAUGUUAGGCUGGAAGGUUAAAAUGCAGCUGAUGUUUUUUCUACCUUUACAUUUUGUUCUAAUUUUAAUAUCUGCAUUUUAUUGAUUGUAACUAUAUUUUAUCUAUAAUUACUCAAUUUUAAUUGAUCUGUCUGUAGCAAUUAUUAAUCAUUAAUGUUAUUUAUGUUCAGCAUUCUGCAUAAAUUUGAUAUUAGAUGUUAUGUUAAAAAGAACAGUUUUUUUUAAUGGUUCAUUACUAUAUUGAUAAAUUCCUAGAAAUAAUUUCUUUUAUUUCAUAUUAUCAUCUGUUUGAACACCAUCAUAAAGCUCUGCAAUAUUUGUUGGAUAAGACAGCUUUUAUUAUGAAAUUAUUGUGCAAAAAAUUAUAUUAUCAGGAAUAAUAAAACAGUAUUUAGAAGAAUAUUUAUUUAUUCUGGUCUCAAUCCUCAUUUCCCUCUGAUAAAAGCACUUUGCAUUCCAAUAAAAGUACUUUGCAUAUUGGAGGUUUUUGGUUUGUUUUUUUUAAAUAGCCCAUAGGAGGCAGCAGCAGAUUUUAUCAACCUCCUCCCAUAUAAUUUUUGUUGCCCUUUAAAAAAUUUGGUGGAGACCAAAUUGUAUAGGGUAUAUGGGCUCUUUGGUACUGUCUGAGCUUGGUUGUUUUCUUGCAGACAUUUUAUUACUCAACUAAGUAACAACUUCAGUUCUAAAAGGGAAGUUUGCUAUCUGUUAGUAUACAAGCGACUUGCCCUAUCAGUGUGGUAUAUGAGUGUACAGUAGUGUAUGGUAUCAGAACUGUAGAAAGCAGGAGGAAUAAAGAGAAAAGAGAUUUAGUUUCAAUUUCAGUUUCUUUCAAAGCAUAUGCUUCUUUGACUCAAAGAAGGAAAAAAUCUAGAUGUGGUGCAUGGGGUAAUUAUAAUGUUCCAGGAACUCUACUUUAAAAAAAAAACAGCAAUGUGUAUACAUCUACUAAUGAUGCAAAGCAAGCGUCAUUUUUAUAUACUAAUACCUUAUGGUCCUAUAUAGUUGUAGUUAUGAAUUUUUAGAAAAGAAAAAUGAUCCAUGUUGCGUUUCAUUGAUUUAAAAGUGUGCUAUUAUUCCAAGAAGAAGAAAAUUAAGGUAAAUUGGAAAGAUAAAGAACAUCCAGGAGUCAUAGAGAGAUGAUGAAUAACUGCCUAAUGCUGGUAAAUGUUGCUGUGUUACAUGGUUUGAAUUUUAAUAUUCCUGAGUAUUGCAAGUUCUGCUGUCAAAAUGGAAUAUAUAUUUGAGACUAGGGAAGUCCUUAGCUUUAUGGAUUAUAUAGGGAAUUGUUGAGCAGGGUCCCAUCUCAUUGCUUAAACAAAAAACAUGUUAUUAAACAUACAUAUGCCAGUGUGACUAGAUUGUCAAGAUAGAUUGUGCUACACGUGUUACAAGGAAAUAAUUGCAGCCUUUUUUAUUCUUAGAUUGUAGUCUAUUUAGCUAGCACGUGCGCUCGCUCUAUCUCUGAAUUGCAACUGUUUUCCAUGUAGAAUCUAUAAUACUGGUUGUUACACAAUAUUCUGAAACCAAGAUAUUCUUAGCUUUGGGAUAAAUGUGAGUGAUCUGCUAAACAUUAAACAAAGAAAAGAAAACUGAAAAGAUUUAGUAAAAGUGAUGCUAAACUUAUUUUCUAUUUAACUAAACAAUUUAAAUAAUUUCCAUGUCUUUUCUAGUAUUG